AUGGAGGCACCGGAGCAGCACCGGGUGGUGACGGGGGCAGCGGACUUGUUCCCCGGGUCUGGAGGCGGAGGAGGACUCAGCCUCCGCGCGCUCACCGGCUGCGUCCUGUGCGUCCUGAUCGUGUCCACGCUGCUGGGCAACACGCUGGUGUGCGCCGCCGUCAUCAAGUUCCGCCACCUGCGCUCCAAAGUCACCAACUCGUUCGUCAUCUCUCUGGCGGUGUCCGACCUGUUCGUGGCCGUGCUCGUGAUGCCCUGGAGAGCCGUGUCCGAGGUCGCCGGUGUCUGGCUCUUCGGCCGCUUCUGCGACACCUGGGUCGCCUUCGACAUCAUGUGCUCCACCGCCUCCAUCCUCAACCUGUGCGUCAUCAGCAUGGACCGCUACUGGGCCAUCUCCAGCCCGUUCAGGUACGAGCGCAGGAUGACGCGCAGGUUCGCCUUCCUCAUGAUCGGGGUCGCGUGGACGCUGUCCAUCCUCAUCUCCUUCAUCCCCGUGCAGCUCAACUGGCACCGCGCGGACCAGCUGACCGCGCACCACCCGGGCGACUGCAACGCGAGCCUGAACCGGACCUACGCCAUCUCCUCGUCCCUCAUCAGCUUCUACAUCCCCGUGCUCAUCAUGGUGGGCACGUACACGCGCAUUUUCCGCAUCGCACAAACCCAAAUCAGACGCAUCUCCUCCUUGGAGAAGGCGGCGGGGCCCCGUGCGCAAAACCAGCGGCACCGCGCGUCGACGCACGACGAAAGCUCGCUGAAAACUUCUUUCAAGAGAGAAACCAAAGUGUUGAAGACUCUGACCGUCAUCAUGGGCGUGUUCGUGUUCUGCUGGCUCCCGUUCUUCGUCCUGAACUGCGUGGUUCCGUUCUGUGACCCGGACACAGCGGGAGCGUGCGUCAGCGACACCACCUUCAGCAUCUUCGUGUGGUUCGGCUGGGCCAACUCCUCCCUGAACCCCGUCAUCUACGCCUUCAACGCGGACUUCAGGAAGGCCUUCUCCACCAUCCUGGGCUGCCACCGGUUCUGCUCCAGCUCCACGGUGGAGGCGGUGGACUUCAGCAACGAGCUGGUUUCUUAUCACCACGACACCACCCUGCAGAAGGAGGCCAGCGCCAUGCUGGGCCCCGGGCCGCAGAGACUGGGCCCCUGCGUGGCUCCAGCGGCUCCUCACCCCGGAGGAGACCUUCAGCAGAACUUUGAUAACGUCUCCAGCAUGUCUGAUGAAUCCCAGAACCACAGGAACUUACUGCUUCCUGCCAUCCUGCAGUCCGAGUGCGAGGCAGAGAUCUCUCUAGACAUGCUGCCCUUCAGCUCCCCGGACCGCUACGUUAUCCCGGGUCAGAUCCAGGACCUGUGAGGGACCAAGCUGCGGCUCCAUCUCCCCAUCUUCUGACCCUUCAGAUCUGAAUCUGAACACGUUGGAACAAAUAUACGUUUUUAUACUUUUCAUGGACGUGAUCAUAUCUGACAAAUAAAUACAACUGCUUAUUAAAGACA